UUCAUUUCGCCAGCAGGGGAGAUUUGAGGACCACCAGGCUUGUUUUAAUGUUAUACAUUAAGUUAUUCUGUUAUUGAUGUCUUUAAGAGAAGAGCCAAACAAUUCUUAGGGAAUUAACAUGUGGACGGUGGACAUACAGUUACAGAACCUGCAUUUCUGACGAGAAGACUUUAAAAAGGUGAGAUUAGUAUUAGUAAAGACUAAACUAAACCUGAAGAAAGAUAAACUAACUUUGAACUUUCUUGUGCUAGAGUAGAAUUUAGUAUUUUGGCUUGACAGCAUUAGGACACGGGGCAAGUCAAUGGGCUCUACAGGCUCCAGACCCAAGCUGUUUAAAGUGGCUCCGUGUAAUAGCCUGCAGGAGGGGGCACAGCCUGAACCACAAUGGACCGUCCCCGCUCUGCCCGUCAGUGUGGAGCAGCCAUCGGGAUCUCUGGCACAGAAAAAGAAAACCUUACCUCCACUGAGACAGGAAAUAACUCUUUCCACACUCUCAGGAAACAUCCCAUCAAAGCAAAGUAACAAUUCAAGCAUCAUUCACUCACAUCCAGCCCGAAGAAUGCAGACACUCCAACCACUGGCCCUGCAAAUUGGGCACACAAGCAUUGCCACUCAAAUUGCCAUGGGCAGGGACUGCAGAGAUGGGGGUGUCCCCCUGUCUUCUACAAUCGGCCAGACAGGAAGCUGUGGCACCGGCAGAAUGAUUCAGGGAGGAUUUCUGGAGGCCCAAACAGCUCUCACCCAACAGGCUCAUCGGCAGCGGCGAGCUCACCACCGACAGGCCAGAGAGCAGAGAAGACAUAAGGUCGUCUACUCAGUUAACGGCCCUCAAGUUGAAGGUCCAAAUACAGAGGGCAUCCAGAGGCUGAAACUGGUGAGGAGUCCCACAGAGAGGGACAUCUUCUGGGACGAGACCACAGGAGAAAGGCUGGAUUCCAGGUGCCUUCUAGACCCAACCUUUCUACCUCACCUUUGUGAAGGGAGACAGCGAAACCAGCUGAACAAAGAAGAUGGGAUCCAGGGAGAGAGAGGUCCCAGAAACGAGAGGAAAAGAAUGAACACACUGGAAAGAGAUGCCCAUAUAGAGAAAAACAUAUUAUGGACAAACGAAAGGGAAAUGGUGGGAAUAGAAGACAGGGACACCACCCAGACGGAUGGUUGUAUGUGGUCUGAAUCUGCCAGAAGCUGUCAGACAGCAAGGGUAAGAGGUGCAAGACGGAUCUGGCACAAUAAGCCAUAAAAACCUUGCAAUAUAAACAAAAUUCUUGGUGUUCUGGGGAUACUUUCUUCAUGGCUGAGUUUAUGACGCCCUCUAUGGGUGAAAGCAGUGAGCACACUUGCAGUCAGGCUCAUUUUACCUACUAUGUUGAUAGCAAACAUUUUAGAUUAAGUUCAAAGAGUUGGGAUUCAUAUCAGCCAGCUUUGAAGCUUCUUUUCUAUUACUGGGCAUUUGUUAUAGAAAUUAGCACAACAUGUUUGUACAAAGAUAUCCCAUUAUUUAAACAGAUCUGCAGCUCUUGAACAAUAAUUAUAAUGAAAACAGUAAACUGCUAAUUGGACCAUCAUUCUUCAAGUGGUCUCCCUGAGGCCGGCUCUUAGCGGGCUUAGAGAGGCGGAGAGGAGCUGGACUCCCACCAAACACCUGGGGCCGCAGUGGCCGACUAAAUCCUGGUCCUCAGGCACAGUGCGUUAGAGGAACACUGCUGGGAUCACAGUGCUCAGCAGGGGGCUGGACGGGAAUUAAACAAGCUAAGAUUAUCUGGCGGUGGCUGACUAGAGCUAUUUGAAUAGAUGAAAUAAGCAUUUAACUGUAUUAAAGAAAUCAAAGGCUUACAUUACCUUUAUUACUCAACCACUGGGUGUCAUUAUUGGGCUGAGGGACACAGUGAAGUACACAGGAUAACAGCUUCAGUGUUUGUAAUAGUGUAUUUAAUGUUUUGUACACCUUUAGGUAUAAAAGAUCACUUGAGAAAUUAAGGCUAUGCAAGCCUCAAAAUGAUUAAUUACAAUCCAAACUGCUGCUUUAAUUUGACAAAUGCAUUUUGGCCCGUGAGAAAAUUGUACAAAAAUGUUUCCUGUAUGCUUGAAGAAAAUAGUAAACGAUGAGAAAAUAAAUAAUGUAUUGUUCUGAAAACCACUGUAGAAUGAAAGAGCAAGAGGUAUGAGCGUAAGCGUAAGGCACUGGAGCAGAGCAACACAUAAAAAAUGAGACCUUCUACUUAGCAAGCCGUUCAAUCAACAAAGCAAAGUCUGCCAGUGAGAGGCCACUGACUGCAGACAUGAGGAGCCAGACUGACCACAUAUUGGGAUACUGAGGAGAUUUAGAGUGGCCCAACUCUUCAAAAAACUUCUCCUUUUCCAGUUCGCUAGCCACACACACUGGGCCUUAAAGCCAAAUCAUCGUGGAGGGGGAGAGCCGAGAGGUCUCGGUGUCUGCCACUCCGUACUGCUACAUAAAAAGAAGGUGAAAGAUGCCGUGUGAGCAAUUGGUUCCAAUUGACAGAGGAUUGGUCAUGGUCAGCCUUCUGAGUGGAAAUCCACGUGAGAAUGUAGCAUUUGGACCAGCAAGGGGCACAAGAGGCCAACAGCAGACAAUGAGGGCACUCAGAGGAGUCUGGCUGCUGAGGAAUAGUGGGGGCACAAUCUCCUUUGAUUUAACCCUUCAUCGGCUGGUUAUCCAUUUAACUAAAUACACUGAAGUUGAGCUUUCCUAGUAUGUAUGAGUUCAUAUAAAACCCAUUAUAGUUCAGAUAAAAUAAAUGUAAAUUGUGAGAAACAUCUGGUAUGCCCAUCUUAUAUGUUUGUGUAUGAAUUGAUUAUAAAGUGUUAUCUACACUGUUCUUCGUUUAUCUACACUGUUAUUCGUUUUACAACAACAAAUGUUGAAAUUGUAACUGUAUCGUUUUUAUACGGAUUAAGUUAAAGCACCUGUGUAACUUCAAGAGGCGUCCCAACCACUUCCAUCCUUGUGACUUUUUCACCAAUUAGGCAGCUCCUGCUCACUGAAAGGGACCGGCUGCUUUAAAGUCUCAGAGGGCCCGCGGGUCAACGCUCAAUCACCGUCUGGUUAGAGAGGUGGAGUGUUUGAACUAGCCACUAGUUGACAGGGCGGGGAUGGGGUCAAAAGGGUUGGGGGAGUGAUUGGUGAAGGGGGCAAGGACUCCUGCCAGCUCUAAAAGAGGAACCUUUUGUAGCCAAGACACUGGCCAGAGCAGCCAGGUCUUUCACAGCCCAGCCGCCCCCCCCCUCCUCCAGCUCCACAACAGCUGAUGACAAGGCCCCAGCUGCUAAUUAUCCGGCUGAUGGAGAGUCACUGAAGUGGGACUGUCAGAGCGAGGGGUGGCCCUUGUGUCUGCAAUGGGAUAAAUUUGAGGGGAGGGUUGGGGGAUAAAAGAAGUUGGACUAGAGGGGCAGGUCGUU